CUCGACACCUAAAACGGAAUCAUCUUUUUCUGCCCCAGGCACCAACACCUCAAAGCUCCCUCCCUUAUCGAUAAGCCAAUCUCCGAUACGAAAACCCAUCCAUGCUAUCAUUUUUUCUCCGCAUGCGACAGACAACAUCCACCUCUUCCUCCUCAAUAAAUAACCCUCAAACCCUCCACCACACCUCAACCUAAUACUUUGGUCUCUCAUACCACAGAAGAAAGAAAAGCAAUGUCCACCUCAACCCCCGACUCCCCCCUCUCCGACCUCUGCUCAAUCUGCCACCUCCAACCCCCCAAAUACCGCUGUCCGCGCUGCUCGACCCGCACAUGCUCCCUCCCAUGCACGCGGCGCCACAAACUCUGGUCCCAAUGCUCCGGGGUCCGCGACCCAGCUGCCUACCUACGACGAUCUGAACUAGCAACGGAAUCCGCCUUUGACCGGGACUUUAACUUCAUUACGGGGAUUGAGCGCUCGAUUGAGCGGGCGGGACGGGAUGCCGAGAAUAGAGGGAUUGAUGUUGCUUCGGAGGUAAGGGAUUUGGAGGCGGUGGGGUUGGAUAGUGAGGAUACGGAUAGGGGUGUCGCUAUGGGGAAGAAGGGUGGUGCUGGUGCUGGUGCUGGGGGGAAGAGGAAGAGGGGAGAUGGCGGUGCUGGUGGUGGGACGAGGGCUGAGAUGGAGUUCCUGAGACGCGCGGAGGAGAGAGGGGUUAGGGUUGUUAGGGCGCCGAAGGGGAUGAGUAGGAAUAAGGGGAAUGGGAGUCGGUGGUUGGGAAGGAAUCAGUGUUUGGUCUGGACGGUCGAGUGGAUUCUGAGUGAUGGGGAGAAGAGGAUGAGGAAUUGUUCGGAGACGGCUCCUGUUGCGGACUCUUAUGACCGCGUGGUUCCUGUUCCCAAGGAGGAGGGGAGUGAUGAGCAGGAUCAGAAACAGACUGGGGAUGAGAAGCCGGAAGAGACGUCCGAGUUGAAGACGGAGGAGCAACAACCACAGGAUGCUCCCUCGACUACAGCCCUCGACCCAGCCUCGACUACGGAACCUACACAGCCGACAGACGCACCAACUGCUCAACCGGAAGCUUCUAAAUCAGACUCGCUGCCACUUACCCCCCACCGUGACCUCUACUUCUACCUUCAUCGUCCGCGGACAGCCACGAAACAGCCGGUUCUGGCCCCCCUGCCCCCAAAGAUCUCACUUGCUGCUGCUCUACGUGGUCACAUAGUCUUGGAGUUCCCUACUAUCUACGUACUGCCGGACUCACCUGAUACUAUACGAGCCCAGGAAGAUGCCAAGUACAUCCUAGAGGAAGAGUACCUCCGCACGCAUCAGUCGCCGGAGGAGAGCAGCGAGGAUACGGGGGAUGCAGACGACGCUCAAUUGCCUCCGGGAGCCAUUGACCUCCGAGGCGUCGACGAGUCCAAGGUUCUGGAAGUCCUCCAGAAGGAUCUGUUCGAGCCUUCGGCAGCAGCGUAGGGCCAUCUAGACUUGGCUGGAGCAUCAUGACAGAGAAGGAGGAGGGGAUCAUUCACUUGUACCUAAUACUUGUUCAUAUCAUAGCGACAACUGGAGAGCCGGGUGGAACCGUGCUUUACUUUGGCAUCUGUACUAGGAAGAAAUCAUCUAUGAUCGGCUGAUGCACUUCAAGGCAGUCUGAAGCGGCGAAGUCAGCGAACUCGAUGCGCAUACGUAGUUACUCGAAGUCCCGACCCGUUCGUCCCGGAUCGAGCUA